AUGGAGACCCGUCAGGACUGCUGCCACAGUUUCAAUAGGAUGCUGAGUCCCAGAGCCGAUGAGGACCAGCAACAACAGCACGGUGGGAAUGCAAUGGUCCUGAUGCCUGGAGAGGAAGGAGGCAAGAAAGGGCUUGUACAGAGCGAGCUUGCUCAGGGUGCGCUUUAUCAGGGCGAGCUUGCUCUGGGUGAACGUGCCCCAAUCAAGCCUGCUCAAGAAGAGCUUGCUCAGUCCAGUCUUCAUCAGGAAGCCACAGGAGUGGUAGAGGAGGGAGGAAACGAAGAAGAAGAAGAAAUGGAAGGAGGCCAUGCUGACUAUGGAAGUUCUGGCCCCAUACACAAGGGGAUCCACGAGGAAGGUGCUCAUGGAGGCGGUGUUCAGCAGCCUCAGCAAGAGGCGGUAAUGCCUGAGGGCACCAAGAGUCUCCAGGCUGGGGACAGGCUGCCUUCCCGGCGUCGCAUCAGAUUCACCCUGUCUCAGCUGCAGAAACUGGAGCGUCUUUUCCAAGAGACUCGCUACCCCAGCUUGCGAGCAAGGAAGGAUCUGGCAAGAUGUAUGGGAGUGCCGGAAGCUGAUGUGCUGGAUUGGUUUAGGAACAGGAGAGUCAUUUUCAAAAGAAGCACUAGACUGGUGGUGCUGAUCGAUGUAUCACCUGAUCCCCAGAACAAGGAUCCCUGA